AUGUAUUUAGCUUUGGUGUUAUGGUAUUAGAAACAGUGAGUGGGAAGAGAAACAGGGGAUUCUAUCACCCAAAUCAUCACCUCAACCUUCUUGGGCAUGCCUGGAUACUUUAUAAGGAAGGCAAGGCAACAGAAUUGAUUGAUGCAGCAAUAGAAAACUCAUGCAAUUUACACGAAGUGUUGUGUUCAAUUCAUUUGGGUUUAUUGUGUGUGCAACAUCGGCCAGAGGAUAGGCCUAACAUGUCGACAGUGGUUCUGAUGUUGGGCGGAGAGGGUGCUCUGACUCAUCAACCUAAACCACCUGUUUUUUUCACUGAAAGGAAUCUGCUUGAAGAAGAGUUGUCACGAAGCAAGAAUGAACCAUGUUCAGCCAACAUGGUCACUCUAACACAGUUAGAGCCCCGAUAGACUUGUCUCACAUUGUCUAUCUAAGCCACCCAAGCUUAGUUAUUAUAUUUAAAUAUUGUCAAUUGGUUUUGAGUUGCAUAAU